GAGGUAGAAGCCAUGGAGAUAACAAACGAGAAGGUGGAAGAAACGUUCGAGGAGUCGGACUAUAAAGGAAUCAAAGCUAUGCCGUAUGUCAUAGGAAACGAGACAUUUGAGAAACUAGGAACGAUUGGGACAUCGGCAAAUCUAUUAGUGUAUCUUACAACAGUAUUCAACAUGAAGUCCCUGGCAGCAGUGAACCUCAUCAACGUCUUCAAUGGUACCUGCAAUUUCGGAACUCUUUUCGGAGCUUUUCUCUCGGACACAUAUUUCGGACGCUACAAUGUUAUAGGAUUCGCCUCCAUUUCUUCUUUGGUGGGGAUGCUUAUGUUGACACUAACAGCAGCAAUCAGAAAGCUUCACCCUUCUCAUUGUCUAUCCACCCCUUGCAUGGACCCCACACCACCCCAACUAGCCUUUCUGUAUACAGCUUUUGGUCUCUUGGUCAUCGGAGCCAGUGGCAUCCGCCCAUGCAAUUUGGCUUUCGGUGCUGACCAAUUCAACCCGAAUACUGAAUCCGGCCAAGCCGGAAUAGCCAGCUUCUUCAAUUGGUACUACUUCACCUUAACCUUUGCUAUGAUGGUCUCGUUGACUCUCAUCGUCUACGUGCAAUCGAACGUCAACUGGGCUAUCGGUUUAGCCAUCCCCACUCUCCUCAUGUUUUUUUCGUGUGCCUUUUUCUUUCUGGGUACCAAGAUCUACGUCAAAGUGAUGCCCGAAGGCAGCCCGUUAACCAGUAUUCUCCAGGUUCUCGUGGCUACCAUCAGGAAAAGGAAACUCACGUUACCUAAGGAUCCUGAACGAACCCUCUUCAAUCAUACUUCCUCGAAAUCUAUCAACUCUAAGCUUCCUUACAGUGAACAACUCAGGUUUCUAAACAAAGCAGCAAUAUUUUGCCCUGGGGACAACAUUAACCCCGAUGGAUCAUCAGGAAACAGAUGGACGUUGUGCAGCAUGCAACAAAUAGAAGAAGUGAAAUGUGUAAUAAAAACGAUUCCUAUAUUGAUUGCAGCCACAUUCUAUGCUGUUUCACUUAACCAAACGCAAACCUUUACGGUCUAUCAAGCCCUUCAAUCUGACCGCCGAUUCAGGUCUAACACGUUCAAGAUUCCAGCCGCUUCUUACACUUCAUUCCAAAUGCUUACGCUCACUAUAUGGAUUCCGAUCUACGAUAGAAUUAUGGUUCCAUUCCUUCGAAAACUAACAAAGAAAAGAGACGGAAUCACAAUUCUCCAAAGAAUGGGAACCGGACUCGGAAUCAACAUUCUAGCAAUGCUCAUGGCUGGAAUCGUCGAAGCGAAAAGAAGAAAUAUGGCAAAUUCUAAAUCAGUAGUGGGAUUCGAGCCAAGAAGAGGUAGUGUUUCUUCUAUGUCGGCUAAUUGGCUGGUACUUCAGUUGGUGUUUAGUGGACUUUCUGAAGGGUUCACGAUUAUUGGUGUCACUGAGUUUUUCUACAAGGAGUUUCCCGAAAACAUGAGAAGUUUUGCGGGUUCGAUAACGGCUUGUGGGAUCGCAAUGUCUUUAUAUUUGAGUAGUUUCUUGAUAUUGAUGGUUCACAGAUUAACUAGGGAAGAUAACGGGAGAAAUUGGUUGGCUGACGACUUGAAUGAGGCGAAGUUAGAUCAUUACUAUUACUUUUGUGCAGGUUUGGGGGCGAUGAACUUUAUCUACUUCCUAAUGUGCGCAAAAUGGUAUAAAUACAAAGGGACCGGGAAUGAACCAGUUGAAAUGCCAUCGAGAGAGAUGAAACCAGGGAAACAUGAUGUAUGAAAACGAAAUGACCAAGAAAAAUAAACGAAUGUAAUAUGAAACUUUAAACAUCGAUCGUCAAGAUCAUUUCCCUUGGUUAAAACCCAUGUUUUGUGUUGGUCUUUGAGGCAUUCUGUUAAA